AUGGGCUCGCCGCCAUCGUUUACCGACGAGGAGGAUAAAGAUGACAUUUCGUUGUCGUUCUCGGACGAGGAGAAGGAUGAGUUGUGGAGAGAGAAGAACCCGUUUAUGCGGCCGGUGGAUCGGGGGUUCCAUGCUUGGAUGUUCUUGAUUGCUUCUUUUAUGGUUGAGGGUUUGGCAUUAGGUUUCCCUGGUGCAUAUGGAGUCUUUCAGGAAUAUUACAGCACGCAUGAGCCGUUCAAGGGUGAGAAUGGCCUUCCUGCCGUCGCCACUUGUGCUAUGGGCAUCAUGUACCUGGGUAUGCCAAUUACCAUGGGCAUUCAACGACUUUACCCACGAUUCAGUGCCUGGUCGCCCCUUAUUGGCGUCCUUGUUAUGUGCGUUUCGCUCAUUGCAGCCUCUUUCGCAACAAUAGUCCCUCAUAUAAUUGCAACACAAGGCGUAUUAUUCGCCAUUGGCAGCUCUCUGUCAUAUUGUCCCUGUAUCGCCUACCUCAACGAAUGGUUCGACAAACGCAAGGGGAUGGCAUACGGCAUCAUGUGGGCUGGAACUGGACUCUCGGGUUCCGUCCUCCCAUUUCUUCUGGAAUACCUGCUGACGAAAUUCGGAUUCCAAAUAACUCUUCGAAUCUGCGCCGCAGGAAUUCUGGUUCUCACGCUACCAUUGGUAUACUUUAUCAAGCCUCGUAUUCCGCCUCAAUUACCGAAAAAGUACAUCAACCCGUUUAAUUUCCGAUUCGCCCUCAGCCAGACGUUCGUUCUACAUCAACUGGCAAACAUUGUUCAGGCACUGGGUUUCUUCCUCCCAAGCAUUUACUUGCCGACGUAUGCUCGGUCGGUACUCGGCUCCGGAGAGUUCCCGGCUGCAGCUACAAUAUUAUUGCUUAACCUCUCAUCGACAGUUGGAUGUCCGAGCAUGGGCUGGCUUUCUGACAACCUCCAUGUCGCUACUUGCCUAUUCAUUGCGACAUUUGGUGCUGCUUUGGCAACAUUUCUGCUUUGGGGCCUCACAACCUCGUUGCCACUGUUGCUUGUAUACUGUGGCUUCUAUGGGCUGUUUGCGGGAUCGUACACGUCUGCAUGGACCGGGCUGAUGCGACAAGUCACUACUGAUAAGACCAUCUCUGCGAGAUAUCGGUGUGAUGAUAUUGAUCCUGUAAUGGUGCUUGCAGUUCUUGCUGCGGGCAGAGGAAUUGGAAGUGUCUUGUCCGGGCCACUAAGUCAGGCUCUAGUAAACGGAAUGCCGUGGCAGGACGAGGCAUUUGCUGCUUAUGGCUCGGGAUAUGGGCCGCUGAUACUGUUCACUGGUAUCACGGCUACCUUGACUGGCAUAGUGCUGCCAUGGAAGUAUAUUGGGUGGAUUCGCUAA